ACAAGCUUUAGAGCGGCUUGGUGAGAGCACGCUGGGGCUGGGUUAGUUUCCCCUCGUCCAACCUGUGAGGAGCACUCACCACUAGAUGAGCCGUGAGAACAGAUGAUUCACUCAAACUGAGGCACUAUAUUUCAACCUGCUGAAGACUUCCUCAGUUCCAGCCACCAGCAUGGUGAGCCUGGCCAAGAGCUGAAGCAUGUGGCUCCUGGAGAGAGAGUAUGACAUCAAAGUGGAGCAGCGAGCUGUGAGGAACGAACACCUUCGAGACCAACACAACAAGACCUCCUGCAGAAGCCCCACCAGGGAGUCAGAUGUGUUGUGGUUUAAGCAGGAACAACGGCAUAAGCGGCAGCUGGAGUUCGCUAAGAGAAGGACCACGGACGGUGGCACAACUAGGUUCGAAGUCACCACAGUGAGAAGACCCACGGGCACGAGAUUAGGACCACUGGCACGUGAGGCCCCCUUGUCAACACAGCGUCCGCUGAUAACGAGGGGUGGCAUGGGAAUCCCUAAUGACGUCAAAUCAACUUCACAGACCACUGGUCAAGCCCAGGCCACUUCCACUCUAAAAGGGAGAGAGUCUGCUGCAAAGCAAGCUCGCCUGAAUAUCAUCUCUUCCAUGAGGAUGAAAGUCCACCAAAAGAGAACCAUCUCAACCAAACAAGAGAGAGUCAUUCUUGGAGGCAUAGGCAAUCAAAAGACACAACAAACUGCGGGCAUGCAGACAAAACCUGGCUUUGUCACAGUGAAGGAAGACGAUGUUCUCCUACUGACUGACUACUUACAGGAGGCUUUGCACAGAGAGGAGGACUUAAGGAUGAAGUUGACUUCUCUCCAGCGCAGCACGGCUACCCUGCUCCACUCCUCAGAGUACCUGUGGAAGUCUCGCUGCAGCGAGGACCUGCUCAAGAGUAAGAUCACAGCCCUGGAGUCUCAGCUGCAGGUCUGCAUGAAGGGGCUUCCUCAAGAUGGAGUGAAAGGGCUGCUGGUGGACAUGGAGAAGGAGAAGGGGGAGCAGGAUGAGAGGGCCCUGCAGGCCAUCCAGAGGGGCACAGAGGAGAGGGCCGAGGCCCAGGGCAAGAUACUAAAUCUCCAGGAGGCGCUGCAGACAGCCAGGGCUGAGUCAACUAAGUGGCAGAGCCUGUGCGAGGAGCUGCGCGGGAGUUCCACACAGCUGAAGAGAGGCCUGGAUGUAAGCACCGAGCAGCUGCAGCAGCUGCACACCCAGCUGGAGCUUUCUCAUGGUCGAGAGUGUGAGCUGAGCCAGCAGCUGGACGGCGUGCAGCAGCAGGAGGAGGAGGAGCUGCGCUCGCGCCUCGCUCAGCUUGAGGAAGACAAGAGAACCCUGAGCGCACAGCUACAGGAAGCCAGAGAUAUGCUCUCCAGAAGAGGCCCAGGGGAACUCACCACCAGGGCUGGAGUCGUGUCUGAGGAGGGGCCAGCAGUGCAGCUCUUUAAGGGAGAUGACCACAUGGCAGGCCAGCUUUGGGCAACAGAGGAGAGGCUCAAGAUGAAGGAGAGAGAUUGCGUGGAGCUCCAGACGCAGUUGGAGGCUCUGGAGCUGGAGUGUCGGUUCUAUCAGUCCAGUGUGACACAGUGCCGAGAGGAGCUCAGACAGCUCAGGAACCGACGCAGCCAAAAGCCCUCCUGCGGAUACUGGCUGGUUCUCCUUCUGUUGCUGUUCAUGUCGGGAGCAGCCCUGUUGGUAGGCCUGUGCCUGUGCUACCCUCUACUCACUGACUACUUCCAGGACAUCUACAUGUGUCUUGAGCAACAUGUAGAGGACUAUCUGAAUACUCUGGCCUCAUCACAAAACUCAGGCUGCUUCAGGCCUAUAUGACAAAGAGCCCACAGACUCUACAGCUAAUGAUGUUGAGGAGGAGAAAAUAAGACUUUGAUUAUUGAUGUUUCAGUUUCUGGUAAAGCAUUAGAGAGUUGCCUGUGUUUUGUCUUCAUUUUGUUGGAUUUUAUGAGGGCGUGGACUGGGCUAUUGUGCAAAGAAGAUGCACAGGUUCUGCACUGAAAAUAAAACAUAUCCAGCCUUGCAGUUAGCAAGACGCACAAUAUGAUUGUUAUUAUAUUGUAUGAUAUAAUCAGAAUAGGUAUACCAUCAUGUGGAGUCGGAGGUGUAGAGUAAUAUUAUUUCUAUUAUUUAUGUGUUUACCAUUGUUUGUGCAUAAAAUGGGGAUCACUACCUUUUUUCACUAAGUACAUUUAGCUAGUGCUCAUAGAAAACCGAACACUCCAGUAGUGUCUGUCAUAUGUUUCCCAUUGAAAGUCACAAAAGAUGGAAACAAUGUUAAAUGUGUGAAUGCAACUCAGACAUAGACAGGGUGUUUUUAUAGAAUUCAUGUACUUUGUCAUUAAAUAAACAGAUGUGUGCCUUUGACGUUA